AGUAGGUGGGAACAGGCCCAUUUACUUGUGGGCCACAAACACAGAGUUCGCCUGCAAUUGAAGUCGUUUAUCUUCCACUCUGCGCCAAAACCUCCCGAAACCCCCAAAAAUGUUACUCCGGAAUCGCCUAACGUGCCUAUUAUCGCUUCCCUCUCCGUCUCCGAAAGCAAAACCACCUCCGCGGCUCAUUCUCCCUUUCAGAACCCCUCUUUCUUUCUCGACCCGCAAUUACUCAAAUUCGACUCGCAAACCGGAUGUCUCUGCCUCAGCUUCCAGAGCUGUGAAAAAACCAAUCUCCGAUGCGGUGCGGUUCGUGCGCACCGUCUUGUUCGUGCCACCUGGGGUCGAGCCAGAGGAGGUGACAGAUGACAUGAUCCUUCCCGGGUCGAACAUUGUUAUUGGACCUUACGCGGGGCACGCCCAGAUUAAGGAGGUGGAGUUUGUGAAGAGUAGUUCUCGUGCCAAGGAUUGUCCUAGAGAUAACAAACCCGAGUUUGCAAUUCUGGGUAGGUCUAAUGUGGGCAAGUCUUCUCUGAUUAACGCUUUGGUACGGAAGAAAGAAGUUGCUCUGACUUCCAAGAAGCCAGGGAAAACUCAGCUAAUAAAUCAUUUCUUGGUGAACAAAAGCUGGUAUAUGGUUGAUUUGCCUGGUUAUGGUUUUGCUAAAGCCUCGGAUGCUGCUCGAAUGGAUUGGUCCUCCUUUACCAAAGGGUACUUUUUGAAUAGAGAGACUUUGGUGUCUGUGCUACUUCUGAUUGAUGCAAGUGUUCCCCCUCAGAAGAGUGAUCUAGACUGUGCUAAUUGGCUUGGACGCAAUAAUAUUCCAAUGACUUUUGUAUUCACAAAGUGCGACAAAAUGAAAACCAGUAAAGGAAAAAGGCCUGAUGAGAACAUUAGGGAUUUUCAAGAAUUGAUUAGGGAGACCUACCAGCAGCAUCCUCCAUGGAUCAUGACUAGCAGCGUCACUGGCCUAGGCAGAGAUGAGCUUCUCCUACAUAUGUCCCAACUAAGAAACUACUGGGACCAAUAGGAGUGAAAUUGAAAGAAUUCCAUUUGUAACUUCAUCUCAAAAAAUGUAAGUGAAAUUAAGCUACAUAUGGCAUUUCCAUUAAUUUUUCGCGUCGGUUGUUGUUUUGUUUUUUGUUUUUUGUUUUUUGUUUUUUUUUUUUCAAAAGAAGUGCUAAUCUACUACAAUGUACCACUGUAUUCUAGUAUAUAUUGUGAAGGAAGCCUGGCAAAGCUCUCAAAUUAUUCUUUUUUUGUUUAGGUUUAAGAACUAACAUUUUCAUGGGACUUCUAUGAUUUCACCUGUGGGAUUAUCUA